AUGAUUGCUUUUCUCAGCACGCUCAUCGUAAGCGUCCUAGCAACUGGUGCUAUCCUACCGGCGUCCUGUCAUCCACUUUCCGAUCAGGCCCAUGUCAAAGUGCGCAACGGAUCAUUGGCCGGUCGUUACAAUAGUCAUUACGACCAAGACUUUUUCCUGGACAUCCCGUACGCGAAAGCGCCAGAGGGAGACCUGCGGUUCCAGCGAGCCUUGCCAUCCGAUGGCUGGGAAGGAUCCCGAGGUGCAGACGAGUACGGCGCGAGCUGCUAUGGAAAUUCUCUCGGGUUGGAGGGUUUCAGUCAGCCAUCAACGUCGAAGAUGAGUGAGGAUUGUCUCUUCUUGAAUAUCAUCAGGCCUGCAGGGCUAGGGCCCAACACUAAGCUGCCGGUUUUGGUCUGGAUUCACGGUGGUGCCUGGGCAGAGGGUAGCGCUAGCGACCCGAGGUACAACGGAUCAUUCCUGGUUCAACAGUCCAAAAGCAUGGGCUCUCCGAUCAUCUUCGCCAGUUUCAAUUACCGACUAGGGGUGUUUGGGCUCCUCCCUGGAUCACUGGCAGAAAGGGAUGGCAUUACCAACGUACUUUUGCAUGACCAGCGCCAGGCACUGCAGUAUUUACAAGACAACGUCGCGGCUUUCGGAGGGGACCCAGGCAAGGUGACCUUGAUGGGCGAGUCAGCGGGCGCGGGAUCCAUUGGUUUCCAUCUUCUUGCGUACGGUGGCCGUGGCGAUCGGCUUUUCCAUGCAGCGAUUGCCCAAAGCGGCGGUCCCUUCUCCGUUUACUCUUUGCCUGAUAAUGCUAAGAGGGAGGAGGACUUUCAGAAGAUACUCAGUUUGACUAACUGCGGGAACUCUACCAAGCCUCUGCUUUGCUUGCGAGACGUUCCCGCAGCUAUACUCAACGCCGCCAGCAUUCAAGUUCAGCCUUACUUCACCAUAGAUGGGGAGAUCCUGCCUGACCGCAACUCUCGGCUAUUAAGGACUGGCAGGUUCGUCAAAGUUCCACUUCUCAUUGGUGUCAACCGAAAUGAGGGCACCUCGUUUUUAAAUGCCAAUGCAUCAGGCCCUUUGGAUACUAGCGAAGAUUUCAUCCAGUUCAUGAAGCAGUCAGCUGGUCAACACGUCGUCCCCGAUGCGGUUUUGCAGGAAUGGCUGGGAACUUACCAAAACGAGUCGAGCCAUCCGUCAGAGGCGGGUCUGGGUACCGUCCUUGCCAAUCCAGGCCCAGAGUACGGCUCCCAAUACGGCGCAGCAACACUUUGGAUGGGUGACUUUCUGCUCGGUGCAGGCCGACGAUAUGCCAACCAGAUGUGGUCAGACCAGAACGUCACAAGCUACAGCUACUUCUUUGACACUGCAACAGCGAACCUUGAUGCGCAAGUCAAAGGCGCGACUCAUGCCCAGGAAAUUGCUUUUGUAUUUGGAAACAAAGAUGGGAUUGGGUGGGAGCCUAGUCCGUUCCCAAGCACACCAGAGGCCAAAGAAAGCUUUCAAGAGUUGGCUACCAUCAUGAGCCGGAUGUGA